AUGUUGAGAAAAUGGCUGCGCGACGUCGCCGCGUCCGCGCACGCUGCUCAUGAGGAAGAACCCCUCUGUGGUUCGAAACUAGUAGAGCUUUUCUCAACAUUUGCACGCCCGAGCGUACGGCGCGUAGCGUUCCGCGCGCGCCUCAAAGAGCCAAUAGACCACCACAGACGGGGCCCUAAAGGGCUGAUGUUCAGCCGGGGUUGCGGGGUAAGCGCAAUGAGGUACCGCGACCUCGGCACAGAGCAGGAGAAGGAACAGGGGGAGAAUAAGGUCGAUAUUGCAAAGCAGAAGUCCCCUAGAAGCAUUACACCGUUUUUUGACGCUUUAAGAUGUACGCUUAUAGUCGGUCAAGUGUUUUCGUUGCUUCCCUUCGUUGGUGUGUUCAGUAAUGUUGCUAGCAAUGUCAAGUUCAUUAAAACGUCAUGGAAAUGUGUCUACUCCCUGAUAUCUCUUAUUGGACAGAUAUUUAUGGCAGUACUCUGUAUUAACAAGCUGGCUAGGUCUAACGUCACUCUAAAUGGAACUUCUCCAGUAAUAUUUUACGUGACAACCUGCGUGACGAUGAUAAUGUUCUUCCACGUGGCCCGUCGCUGGCCGCAGCUGGUGCAGCAUAUUGCUAAGGCUGAGGAUAUGGAUCCCAACUUUGACUGCAGUUUAGCUAGAAAGUGCAAUAUUACUUGUGCUGUUGUUCUUUUAUUGGCUUUGUUGGAACACAUCUUGUCUUUGCUAUCAGCAUUCGCUGGAGCCGCUGCCUGCUACAGUGGUAUGGACACCUACGAAGGAUUCGUCACACAUUUCUACCCAUGGGUAUUCAGCUAUCUACCGUAUUCCCCAGUAUUAGGUAUUAUUACCCAGUUUCUCCACUUCCAAUCAACAUUCAUUUGGAACUUCUCCGAUUUGUUCGUUAUCUGCAUGAGUUACUACUUGACUUCGAGAUUAGAGCAGGUCAAUAAGAAGUUGUUGGCUGCUCAAGGAAAGUAUCUACCAGAAAUCUUCUGGAGGUCGACCCGUGAGGAUUACUGCAGAGCAACGCAGAUAGUCCGCAAAGUGGAUGACGUCAUCAGCGGCGUGGUCUUCAUAUCUUUCGCUAACAAUCUCUUCUUCAUCUGUCUACAGCUGUUCAAUACUUUGGAAAUCGUGGUAUCCAAGAACGGUCCCCUCGGUGGUCAUGAAGCAGCGACAUACUUCCUCUUCUCACUGGUGUACCUCCUCUCGCGGUCGGUGGCUGUAUCCCUGAUAGCGUCACAAGUGAACAGCGCUUCUGCUGUACCAGCUACCGUGUUGUAUGAUGUACCUUCUCCGGUAUAUUGUGUUGAGGUACAAAGGUUUUUGGAUCAGGUAAAUGGUGAUAAAGUAGCACUGAGUGGUCUGCAGUUCUUCUCCGUAACCAAAGGACUACUUUUGACAGUAGCCGGCACCAUAGUGACAUACGAACUGGUGAUGUUCCAGUUCAACUCUUCUACUCCGACACUGAACAUUACUUCUCCAACUGUGCUGACACCUUCAUCUCCUUCUCUUACUACACUCUCUUCUUGA